AUGGUGUCUUCAAGAAAAAGCAGAAUCCUAGCAUUAAGUGCCUUCCUACUUACAGUUGUCUUCAUUGUCAUUCAAACUCAUAAUCACAAGGUCACAAAUACCACAGUGGCAGGUUCAAAAUCUCAAGGAACAAAUAUAGAACCAACAACAAAAAUUGGAGUUAUAGAUGAAUCCAAAAUCAAGUCAAAUGAAGAGAAAAUCAAAAAUAAAUUACAAUCUAAUGAAGAUAAAGAUGAAAGUAACGUUGAAAUCAAGCAAAAACAACAACAAAAACCAAAUAAAGAUGGUACAAAAGAUAACACAAAUACACCAGUAUCAUCUGAAUUUGAUGCAGCAAGUGAAUUACAAUCAAUAUUAGGACUUUCUCCAGUUGUUAUUUUUUCAAAAACUUAUUGUGGAUAUUCUCAAACUUUAAAGAAUUUAUUAAAAUCAGAAUAUGAAAUUAAUCCACCUCCAACUAUUGUGGAAUUGGAUAAACAUAAAAAUGGUCGUCAAUUACAAGACUUUAUAGGUACUAAAACUGGUAGAAAGACAGUGCCUAACUUAUUUAUUAAUGGGGUUUCAAGAGGUGGGUCUGAUGAUAUUAAGAAAUUACAUGAAGAAGGAAAAUUACUGAAUAGUUUGAACUUGUGGGGAGAUAAAGACGUUAAAGUGAACAAAAUUAAUGCACCAUCAAAUAGUUGA